ACUGAAUAUAAAGUCGUUCAUCUUCUUUGCAAACUUUCAGUCUCGUCUGCAAGAUACAUCGACAAAUCUCUAGAAAAAAACCUUGUCACAAACUUCUUCAACAAAACAUUCCUAAAUCUCGUCCUUCUUCAUUAUGCCUUCUCUUACCUUUAUCGGCUUGACGGAAAUCUCUGCCCAAGAUUUGAAACCCCAGCCUCAGUCCUCGCGAAUCUUAGGGUUUCCUCUUACAAUAAAUAUCAAAUCAAGCGAGCCAUAUUACCAUACAUCAUAUUCGUUGUCUCGACCAGGUGUUGAUCUUAUCUUGGCCUCAUCCGAUCGUAUCCCCUGUCGAUUUGCAAUCUCUUCUACCGAAUUGGCUUUCCAUCCCGAAGUCCUCACACGUACUAAUCGAGUCAAGAUCCAAUUUGACGCGGGCUUACCUUUGAUUCAGUUGGAUGCAUCUAAGGAGGUUAUUGAGAUCAUCUUAGCAUGUCUUGAUUCAGGUCUUGUGCCAGACCUCUCUGGGUACACGUUCGAUGAUCUUGUUGGUGCGUUGGAGGCUGUCGCGGGACAAUACGAACUUGAGCAUGUAGAGCGACACUGUCUUCUUGCAAUUGGCGCUUACUACAAGCUCAAACCGAUUCACGUCUUUUCUCUGGCUGUGAUUUACGGAUGUACCUGGAUGGCAAAACUCGCGUCUGGUUUUACACUAGCCCUCGACAUUAGUCUUCCACAGCAUAAGUGCCUUCUUUCGAGCGAAGCCUAUGAUGCCUUAACUGAACUUCAUACUUAUCGAAGGAAGAAAGCUCGUGAAAUCUUGAACCAAUUAAGAUUACCUGUGAUCAUAAAUCAUCAAGCACAAAAUUGUUCACAAGUUCAAUUGAUCGAAUUCUGGAAACCUUUAAUUUCAAGAGUCAAGAGACUAUCAUGGAAUUCUCAAACAAAUUUGAAAAUCAAACAGUUAUUUACAAAUGAAUUAAAAAAGGCUUCGAUUGAAGUACAUUGUAAUGAAUGUUUAAAUUUGAUGGAUUCUUUGGUUGAUCAAGCUGAUUUAGAAUUUGAUUUGGUUAGGUCUUGGGCUCUUCCUACUUCUGAUUCAUCUUAUCCUUGUUAGACUUUUUAUCAUUCUUAUUUUGUUGUAAUGGUUGAAUAUAAAAAUGGAGUGAUGACCUAAUAAAUCCUAUUUUAUUGAUGUAUACCAAUGUUCAUAACACAACUUCAAAAAAUUGAUCACAAGAUUCUUGUGAUAAAUUUUGUUUCACUUUCAAAUUGAUGAAAUCACGAGCUACUUGAAAACGCUCAAGUUGUCCAUGUU